CGCUCCACCCAAGUGACCAAUCAGCGCUCUUUCCUCCUAACAGUGGACCAAUCAGAGCGCGCGCUUCAGGCUGACAACAGUUCAACAUGGAGAGCACAGUGGAACGGCUGGAAGCGAUGUUUUCAAAGUCAGAGGCAGACUUGGAAUACAUUGAGAAGCGCCUGAAGCUGGACUUCAUCAACAAACCAGCUGAGGAGAACCCUGCUGUGAUGCUGGAGAACCUGAAAAGCAUCAGAUCCAAACACUCUGAGCUCUGCACUCAGCUGAAGGAGAUCUCUGCUGCCCACAGCGAGUCCAUGAAGAACCUCAAAUCCAGUCUGAGCUCAGUAAGCGAAGUCGUCCAGAACCUGCAGCAGAACCAGGACCUGAAGGUGGAGCCGCUGACAGACAAUGAGAAGGAGGCAGCAAAACUACUGGAGUCAUUUCUUACAGAGAGCACAGCACAGAUUUCUCCGUCAUCGUCUGAAGCACAGUAAACACAGCGUGAGUCUGAUCUCUCGGCGCUCAGCCUGCAGCCGAUGAACACCUCUCUGUGGUGGAGCCGGUGGAGGGGGUACAUGUGUCUGCUGAAGGAUCAGACUGAUCUUCACCACCUGGAGUCUGGACUGAGACUGCAGGGGGGUCAGUCAGACCUCCUCAUGUUUGUGAACUCUUUAUGUUUCAGGCUCUGCUUCAGUGACUCACUGUACAUCCACACACCACCACGCAACCAGAAACAAACUAUCACAGUCUGACCGACCUACAUAUUCCUCCUCUUCUUGUCCUUUCCUCCCUACUUCACCUCUCUCUCUCCUUUCCUUCUUCCUUGUUCUAAUCUCUACUCCUCACAUUCAUCAAUAUUAUGACUAAUCAAAUAGUUUAUGACAUAAAUAACCAGCUCAAUGUUCAUGGGGGUUGUGUGCAGUUUAAGAGGUCUUAAGAGAGCAGCUUUAAGAAUUGAGAGAAACCUAUCUCUGGUUUAUUUUGUCUUUUUUCUCAGCUGAUCAGAUGUUUGUCUCUCUCUGAGGAUCAAUGACCUCAGCAGGUCUGCAGUGACAGUGACCUCCUCUCUGAUAGGUCUCUCAUGUUGAUGUGUUGUGAUUUCUGUAAAUGCUGCUGAUGUUUUCUGUCAGCUGACACCAACUCUCUUUUUUUUUUUCUCAGAUUCAUAUUUAAUAUCUGUAGUAACUGAUCAUAUUAAUCACAUUUAUUGUCAGGUGAUAUUAUGUGUCCAAUUAUCUCCCCACCUGCUGAUGUUCAGGGUGCUGGGGGUUUGUAGAGAGAAACACUUUGUGAAGAAAAGUUUUAUAAAUAUAUUGAACUUCUGUGUUCUUCUUAUAAAGAGCAGACGGAGGGAACAGCUUCUUUAACUUUUUGUUUUUAUUUGAACAUUGUGAAAUAAACACUUUUUCUCAGA